AUGCGUCACGCACUCUUAGCCGCAUCUAUAUUCUCCUCGCUGUCUCUCGCAGCAGCAAUCUACCCAUUCGACGCCAUCCGCAAUAGCGGAUCCACACCUUCUCCCCUCAUCGCCAUAACCAACCAGCCAGACCACGAAGCGCAGGCGCAACAACAAAACCCCAUCAUGCCAGUCGACCAACCCGACCAACCCUCCUCAUCUUCCUCCGGGCCAUCAGCCGAAAACCCCAAUCCCGACCCUUCCACCAGCUCCAGCACAAGCACACUCUCGAUAAGCGACAUCCUCCCACAAACGCGCAAGAUCAACAUCUUCGCCUCGCUGACACGGGACAUCGACAGCGUGACGACACGGCUGGACUCGACGAACCCGUCGUCGAACACGACGCUGCUGGCGCCGCUCAACAGCGCGAUGCAGUCGCUGCCGCGCAAGCCGUGGGAGGACCGGCCCGGCGACGACAGCAGCGUGCGCGCUGAGAGCAACGAGGACAAGGCCGCGGGGAACCUGGCGAGGUUCGUCCUCGAGCACGUCGUCCCCGUGAGUCCGUGGCUGGAGGGCCGUGAGAAUGCCUUGCAGACCCUGGGGGGCCGGAGGUUGUGGUGGGAGUGGGAACGUAGGGAUGGCGAGAAAGUGCGGGUUGUGAAGCCGGGGGAUUUGAUUGUUGAUGAGGUCGUGGGUAGGGUGGGCAAUGGUGAGGUUUGGGCCGUUAAGGGCGUGGUUAAUUAUGAGUGA